UGAGCAGCGGUUCACCAUUUGGUCUCCACUCAGCACUUGUGCCCUUGACCGCAAUGGCCUUAUCCUCCGGCCCUGCCGGUGGCCUGGCUGGGGACCUGCUGCCGUAUCAGAAUCAAUGCUCCUUGCGUGAUGUGGAGUCGAACGUCGAUCCUGCGAGCUACGAGCACUUCAUCGAGACUUUGCGCCAGGGCUCCGCGGGCUUGUUGCGCGUGGGCGCCGCCGCGCGGGUGCUGCAGCGCGAGGCGCAUAAGACCUCGACCUUCGCCAAGGCGGCGUUGGGCGCCGCGACGUCCAUUUUGGACGACCCCGAUGGCACGCCGGGCGUGCUGGCGAAGCGCGAGACCCAGCGUUAUGCCAUCGCCUGGUGGAACCGCUACUUCCGGGACCUCGCCAAGUACGAGCCGCAGAGGAUCCGAGCCCGACGGAGCAUGGCAGAUGCCAAGGCGGAGAAGGAGGAUCUUGAUUCGAAACUGAUGCAGCUGCAGUCCAUCAAUAAAGAUGAGUUCAGGAAGCGCUUGUCGGACCAGCGCGCGGACCUCAAAGAAAGGGAAUCCGAUUUCCAGUCCAACACCCAGACCAACUUGCAGAUGAAGCUGCAGAUGGCGGAGGGGGCCGGGAACAAGAUGGCGGCGGCGAAGUAUCGCGACAUGCUGGACGACUACUGGGUGAAGCGGGAGAGAGAGCAGGCGGUGAUCCAGGAGAUCAAGGAGGAUCUCACAAAGCAGGAGACCUUCCUGAAGAAGUUGCCUGGAGAGAUCAAGAGCGCCCAAUCCAAAGUGAAGAGCGUCAGCAAGCGCUACGAGAACGCGGCCAAGCGUUUGAGCCAGAUUAAGGGGCAUCUGGAGGAGCUCCAGCUGAACAUGCCCUUGAGGCCGACGAACCCCUACGAGAAGUUGCCAAAGGCCAAUUGCUUCCGCCUGGGCCGGACGCCGGUCGAGGCGGGCGCCGGCGCCAUGGGUGCGGCCUUCCUGGGCGCCGUGGGUGAAGAAAGCGCGAGGCCACCCAGGCGCCGCAGCGGAGCCUUUCUCUCACCGCCGAUCCCACGGUUCGCGUGAAA